CUCAAUUUCUCUUAUUUCUUUCUGAAUCAAAAUUUAACUCACAAACUUAAUCAAAUUAUCACUCUUAACUAAAGAUGUAGUUUACCAGGAUCUUCUCACAGGUGAUGAACUUCUCUCAGAUUCAUUCCCAUACAAGGAAAUUGAGAAUGGAAUGCUUUGGGAAGUAGAAGGAAAAUGGGUUUUUCAAGGAGCAGUUGAUGUAGACAUUGGGGCCAACCCUUCUGCAGAAGAUGGCGGCGAAGAUGAAGGUGUUGAUGACCAAGCUAUCAAGGUUGUCGACAUUGUUGAUACUUUCAGGCUUCAGGAGCAACCUGCUUACGACAAGAAGCAAUUUGUCACCUUCAUGAAGAGGUACAUUAAAUUGCUGACACCAAAAUUGGAGGCAGAGAAGCAAGAGUUGUUUAAGAAGCAUAUCGAAUCGGCAACCAAGUUCCUGCUAUCUAAGCUCAGUGACCUUCAAUUUUUCGUGGGUGAGAGCAUGCACGAUGAUGGCGGCGUGGUGUUUGCAUACUACAAAGAAGGUGCAACCGAUCCAACUUUUCUGUACUUGGCGUACGGGUUGAAGGAAAUCAAGUGUUGAUCAAGUCUUCACAAGUCGGUAAACGGAUGGUCGUGUCCUGUAGUUUAGGCAUUAAGUUUUAUUAGCUAUUUAGUGUCUUUGUUUACCUUAGUACCUAAGAAUGGUUAUAGUGUCUUUUAAACCCAUUUAAAGAGUCGCAGAUUCAAACUCAAAACUUAUUAUUAUUACAUUUUACAUGUUCUUCUGAU